AUGUCACAUUCAGCGAAACCCUCCAUUGGAGGAGACUUAGACCGCAACUCACUAACUGAUCAACUCCGUGACUCACUCUCUUCACUCGAAGCCAACAAGCCUGAUUUCCGUGAACUCGAUCUGGGUUCUCCAGUUUCACCUCUCCGUACUCGUGGUGGACUCACAGCUACCACCACCGCCACCACCACCUCCUCCAGCUCCAGCUCCUCCGGAUCCGCAUCCGGUUUCCAAAACCCACUUCACAAACCGAACAAUAACAACCAUUCAGGAGAGCUAUCAAACUCAAGUGAAAGCAGCCCCACAACUAGUGCCAAGAAGGGUCAACCGGGUCAUUCUAGAUCCGACUCUUUAACUUAUUCGGGUCAAAUUGGCUACCAGAAUGCUGUAAACUCUCCGGUAAUAGUUAAUGUGUUACCUACAGGGAACAUUUGUCCUUCGGGCAGGAUCUUGAAGACAGGCAUGGGAAUGGCGAAUCGGAGUGCGAAACCGGAUGUUUUGGGAUCCGGUACAGCGAAUUAUGGUCACGGGAGCAUAAUGCGGGGAGGAGGGAGCGCAAAAUGUGCUAACUCGGAUGUUGUUAAUUCAGCAAGUAGGAAUGCUUGGAGUGUGCGUGGAGGGACUGUGGAUCCGGAGGAGGUGAAGAAGGCUGGAAAUGAGAUGUAUAAAAAAGGGUGUUUUGGGGAGGCAUUGGGAUUGUAUGAUAAGGCUAUUGCUUUGGCACCAGGGAAUGCUGCUUACAGGAGUAAUAGGGCGGCUGCGUUGAUGGGAUUAGGGAGAGUUGUGGAGGCGGUGAAAGAGUGUGAGGAGGCUGUUAGGUUGGAUCCUAAUUAUUGGAGAGCACAUCAGAGGUUGGGGGCUUUGUUAAUUAGGUUAGGACAGGUUGAGGGUGCUAGGAGGCACCUAUGCUUCCCAGGGCAGCAUCCAGAUCCUGCCGAGUUGCAUAAGUUGCAAUUAGUAGAGAAACAUCUUAGCAAAUGUUCAGAUGCCCGGAAGGUUAACGACUGGAAAGGUGCAUUAAGGGAAGCUGAUGCUGCUAUUGCUGCUGGAGCAGACUAUUGCCCCCAGCUCUUUAUGUGUAGAACUGAAGCUCUUUUGAAGCUCCACCAACUUGAAGAUGCUGAAUAUUGCUUAUCGAAAGUUCCAAAAUUAGAACCAUAUGCCAACUGGUCACAGACUAGAUUUUUUGGGAUGCUUUCUGAAGCUUACCCUUUCUUGGUCCGAGCGCAGAUUGAGAUGGCUCUAGGAAGGUUUGAGAAUGCAGUUGCAGCUGCUGAGAAGGCUGGACAGAUUGAUCCACGAAAUGUUGAAGUAGCAGUGCUGCUUAAAAAUGUGCGUUUAGUAGCCAGAGCUCGUACCCGCGGCAAUGAUCUCUUCAAAUCAGAAAGGUUUACUGAAGCCUGCUCAGCAUAUGGGGAAGGCCUUAGGCUUGAUCCUACAAACUCUGUUCUCUAUUGCAACAGAGCAGCAUGUUGGUAUAAGCUUGGAUUGUGGGAGAGAUCCGUUAAUGACUGCAACCAAGCUUUACGUAUCCAACCCAACUACACAAAAGCCCUUCUUAGAAGAGCUGCCUCAAACAGCAAGUUAGAAAGGUGGGCUGAUGCUGUGAGAGAUUAUGAAGUUUUGAGGAGGGAACUUCCAGAUGACAGUGGAGUUGCUGAAUCUCUAUUUCAUGCUCAAGUUGCGUUGAAGAAAUCUCGUGGAGAAGAAGUGUAUAAUAUGAAGUUUGGUGGUGAAGUAGAGGAAGUGUUGGGUCUUGAACGGUUCAGAGCUGCAAUAUCAUUACCAGGUGUUUCAGUAGUUCAUUUCAAAUCAUCCUCUAAUUUGCACUGCAAGCAAAUAUCUCCAUUUGUGGAUACGUUAUGUGUUCGGUAUCCAUCAAUAAACUUUCUCAAGGUGGACAUGGAGGAGAAUCCUGCAAUUGCAAAUGUUGAGGAUGUGAGGAUUGUUCCAACAUUCAAGAUAUACAAAAACGGUAACCGAGUGAAGGAGAUUGUCUGCCCAAGUCAUGAUAUGUUGGAACAUUCGGUGAGGCAUUACAGCUUUUAG